UCGUGAUCAGUACCAUGACAAAUUUAAUUUAACUUAAUUUAAUUUGUCAUGAUCAGUACCACGAUUUAAGAUAUACCUUAAAUAUAUAGUAUAUUUUAAUAAGUUUAUCUAUGACAAAUUUAAUUUGUCAUGAGUAUAUCUUAAAUCGUGGUUGCAAAGCGCGGAACGUUGAAACCGCAAAAGCUAUCACAGCUUCACAGCUUCCACAACAACACUAACAAGAUAAUUAUUGUGGUUAUUAAUAAAUACUUAAAAGUUGUAAUGCAGUGUAAUACAUCAUUUUCAAAUAUGCAUCAAGAGAAUUUUUCAACUCAAAAUCAAGUAUACGAAAACAAUUUUUCUCUUUUUGAUAAAAACUUGAAAAGAAUUAAUAAAAAUCUAGUAGCAGUUAAUGAAUAUUACUCCUCUCAAAAUGAUCAUUCACAUUCAGUUGAAAAUCAUUCUCAGGUCACAAGAAGCGAAAAAUUUAAUGAACCAAUUGAUGAAAAUAUUGAUGAAUCUUUACAUUUCUAUGAUGAAUUACACAAAAUUAAAAUGAAUGAAAUUGAAGUAAGUAGGAAAAUGUCUGUACGGGAUUCAUUGAACAAAAAAGUUGAUACUUGGGAACAGACGAAAAGAGAUUGUUCUAAAAUACUUACAAAUGUUAAUGAAGACUCAAAGGAUUCCGUUCGAAAGAGACUUAUAAUUGAUAGAACUUAUAAUAUUAAACUACUUGAUAACAAUAAUGAUCAAUUUCAAACUAGAUUACGUGAAGAACAAAAUACAUUCGAUAAAAAAAAACUAAGUAUGAAAUUUGUAUCAGCUCUAAACAGGGCAUUAAGUUCAUUAAGCGACAUAAAAAAAUUGUUAAGUGAAAGUCAUAUUACGACACCACAAUUACUUAGUAGUUAUAAACACAAUUAUAUGUUUCUUGAAACGGCUUUAAAUGAAUUAAAAAAUAAAUCUUCAAAUACUAAUGAGCAAGAUAUCUUGAUUAUUAAUCAUCAUCAACAAAAUAUUCAAACAUUUUAUGAACAGUUACUAAAAUUACAAGAUAAACAUGUUUCAUUUAAAAUUGAUGGUCAUAAAAGUGAAGAGAGUGAUAUACCAAAUGAAAAUAUACUUAAAAGCAAUGAAAAUAAUUAUCAAAAUCAGAUAAUAAAACAUAGUGAUCUUGAAACAAAAAAUAAAUGCGAGGAAACCAAAAUUGAAAUAAACAAUUUUACUUUUAAAAUAAAUGAAAAGCCUGUUGGUAAAUCUGAUGAAUUCUUCACUUUCAAGUUUAACUCGAAUAAAAAAGUUAACAAUAUUAAUAUCUCAAAUUUUUCUUUUAAAAUUAAUAAAGAUUCAAAACACGAAGAUAUUAAGAAUAAUUGUUUUUAUAAUUUUGAAGAUGAAUACAAACAAUUUUUAGAAAAUCAUCUAACUGUGCAGAAAUAUUUAAAAAAAAUUAAAAAUUGUUAUUCUUCUUUUCUUUGUAAUGAUAACCUAAAACCUUUGAGACAAGAAUUAGUCAAAGCAAUUAAUACACCAGUUAAUAGUAUAUCUUCUGUCUCGGCAUGGCAUAUGAAAGACAAAUUUGAGAAACUUGAUGCAUUACUGAAAUGUAAAACGGUGAAAACUGGUAAUUCUACUGUAACAGCAAAUAGUCAUCCAGAUGCAUUGAUAUUUUGUAAGGAUACAUUGGCAAAAAAAAUUAUAAAUAUUGGAGAGCAAGUGGCUAGUGUUAAAACCGAAACUGCUUUUGAAGUUGCAUCAAUUGUUACAGAACUUUGGAAAAUUCAUCCAGAUUUUGGUAUUUUACUAUACGCUAGAUUUAAACAAAAAUGUCCAUGUCUUAUCCCAUACAAUGCUGAAAAAACAAAUGAAGAAACUGAUGAGGAAUAUUAUAAAUCAUUAUGUUAUAAUUAUAAAAAUGGAGUUGUAGAAAAACAGGAUAAGUAUGUAAAAAGAAUGACUGGUAUUGUAAGAUUAUUUGCAGCAAUCAUAGUAACUGAAUCUAAGAGUGGUAAAGCAUUAGGUAUUGCACAAGCCUGGAUGCUGAUUGCAGCAACUGUACAUUUAGUUCCCCAAUUAGAUGUUACAGCCAUUUUGUUACAUGAAAUACUGAUAAUUACUGGUUAUAGUCUUAAACAAACUUACGGAAAACAAUUUAUGAAAAUGUUAGAAUACAUAAAUACCAACUAUAUUAAAAAGAUUGAUGAAGUUACACCUGUUGGUUGUGGAGGUCCAGUACAAAGAUUAAAAACAUUUAUCAACAAAGUUAUUCAAGUAGGUUAUAUUGAAAAACCUAAAGGUAUAAUAGCUCAUAAUUUUUGGUAAAUAACAAUUGAUCAUGUAACAUCUUUUAUUUUGUAAAAUCAUAUUUUUAAAUUUUGAUAAAUAUAAAAAUACAAUUAUUUGAUUCAAAUGUAUGUGAAAUCAUUAAUAAAUUAUUUUAAGUUUUGAAGUGUGCUGUUUUCAUAAAAUUAUAAAUCUUUAAAUAUGUUUCAUAAAAGGGUUCAUAUUAUGGCUAUAUACCUAUAGUAUAUUGUGGAAAGUUACGACUCAAUAGUAUCUAGCAAUAAGUAAUAUUUUUAGUUCCUAUAUGUAAGUAUAAAACUAGAAAAUUAUUGUACUGCAUAAUAUUUUGAUUAUGGAAACAUUUUGUAAAAUGUAAUAAAUGUAUACAUCUUGUA